AUGGACUUGAGAACCAUGGCAAUUGGAAUAGUGCUCUCACUUCAGACAGCACUUGGUAUUCUAGGAAACUUUUUUCUUCUUUUCUACUACCUAAUCCUUUACUUCAAUAAACAUACAUUAAAGGUCAUAUAUAGGAUUUUUAUACAUAUGUUCAUAUCCAACUCCUUGAUUAAUAUCUCCAUCGGAAUCCCUGGGGCAUUUGAAGCCUUUGGGUGGAAUCUGGUAUUCAAUGAUUUCGGGUGCAAGCUUCUUUUUUAUAUUCAAAGACUUGCCAGAAGUAUGUCCAUCAGUACCACCUGUCUCCUGAGUGUCUUUUGGGUAAUCACCAUCAGCCCCAGGAACUACUGCUGGAAGGAAUUUAAAAUCAAAACUACAAAGUUUGUGAACCUAUCCAUUUGUCUCUCCUGGAUCCUGUUGAUGCUAGUAAAUAUGCUUUUCCCUGUCUACACAACUACCAAGAGGAAUUUAGAAAAUGUGACACAGAUGAGUGAUUCUCAGUUCUGCUACUCUGUAGACCAUGAUAAAAUAGUAUAUUUAUUGUAUAUAGCAUUUUGUAUGUUUCCUGAAGUCUUACUUUCUAUACUCCUUGUAUGUUCCAGCAUCUUCAUGAUUGUCAUACUUUACGUACACAAGAAGAGGGUUCAGCAUACCCUUCAUGCUCAUUCUUCCCUCAGAACUUCCACUGAAAACAGAGCUGUACAGACCAUCCUGGUUCUGGUUUGCACCUUUGUAGUAUUUUGUACUCUCUCUUCCAUUUUACUAGGCUAUAUUGCUCUUUUAGAUAAUCCCAGUCGGUGGUUGAUGAAUAUCACAGCCAUAAUUUCUAUGUGUUUUCCUACAUUAGGUCCAUUUGUGAUAGGUUGUGAUUUCACUCUUUUUAGAUUCUGCUUUACAUGGACAAGAAAUAUAAAAAUACCAUAA